UCAUCUUUUCCUAUCGCAAAUUCUCCUAAAAUCCGCUGCCUAUCUUCUCCGGCUAAGAGGAGAAGAGGGAAACUUUUCCCGCGGUCGCGUCGGCGCGACAAAUCCUAAUGUUCCGUUCGAGGAUCCAGCGUUGAAUCCAGGGUUUCUGGUUUUCAGGUAAGGGAAUGUCCUAGAUGGCAGACCGUGAAAAGGAUCAGGUAGAUACUUUACCACGUGGAAAUGAUUGGGAAGUUGUAUCUCUCACUGCAUCAGCAUAUUCUGCAUCUCCUGGUGCUAGGCGGCUUGAAGAUGAAGGUGAUAGACAUGAAGAGCCGGAGGGUUUACAAGAAGAAUAUGCACGUUCAAUGUUUAUGUCUGAACAUUUUGUGUUUCCACCCUGCGAACAUGAGAAUCUGCCUUUGGUGUCAGACGAGGUCUUCUUCACUGGGAGUGUGAAAAAUGUUCCAGAGUAUGCUGAUCAAUAUUUGCAAGAGGAAUCAUUUCAGGCUUCUGAAAUAGAUGAAGCUGUUGAUCAGAUGGAGGUGCAUAAUUUGGGUUCGGAAGAAGGGGAGACAGAUGGGAGAACAGAAGCUGAUAGCAGUGGAUCAGUCCCUUUCAGCGAAGGUGAUCUGAUUGAAGCUGAACUGCUCGAAGAGCCAGACUGUUCUGCUUCACGGGCACAUUAUCCUUCGGAUUCUGCAAUGUCAUCAAAGCAGAUGAAAGUGACAAAAUGCAAUGGAUCUGGUCUUCCUCGUGAAUCAUGGUGGAAAAGACGGGCAGUGUCUUUAUAUACUCAGGCUAGGGAGGCAAAUGCAUUUUGGUCUGUGUUUAUUGCUGCAGCUCUGACGGGACUUGCCAUUCUAGGUCACCGUUGGCAGCAGGAGAAGUUGCAUAUUCAACAGCUUAAGUGGCAAAUAAGCAUCGGUGAUGAGAAAUUAAGCCGCAUUUUCUCUCCUAUGUCGCGGUUGAAAGAUGCACUUAUUGGCCAGCGUGGGGCUCCACUACUGCGCCAGGUCAGUGCAGUUGAGCAAUGAGAUGAUUACAUGUAUGCAACAGAACUGGAUGGUGACAGACAAGACGCGAGAGAGAGAGAGAGAGAGAGAGAGAGAGAGUUUCAUUGGCUUAUAUUCCAUCUGGGUCUUAGCCUUGUUCGAGUAAUUUCUCAGUAUAAACCUGUAUCAUGCUCUAUUGAGUGCUGAAUAUCUCGUAUAAAGUGUAAAUCCUGAUCCUGGUUUCUCUCAUCAAAGCCGAAACGUGAUCCUGUAAGCAUUGGAAUUCAGGGACUUGGGCAUUCUAUAGAUAAGUCCGAAUUUCCGAUCAACCUCUUGGGUAGAAGGCGUGAUUAAAGUAAUCUGUGUCUACUUUAUUGUGCUUUCAAAAUUGAAAUAGAUCUCUCUCUCUCUCUCUCUC